GUCAGUGUUGACGCAGAGUGCGUCUGCUGUCUGCCAGCGUCGGUGAUGCUGAGGGGCAGCUCUGGGGAUGGCGAGCGCGACACGGACGACGACGCGGCGGGGGCAGUGGCCGCGCCCCCUGCCAUCGACUUCCCUGCAGAGGUCUCGGACCCCAAGUAUGAUGAGUCCAAGGUCCUAGCAGAACUCCAUCUGUCAAAAGAACCCCUACAGCAGCCCACGUUCCCCUUCGCAGCAGCAAACCAGCUACUGCUCAUCUCCUUGCUGGAACACUUGAGCUUCAUGUAUGAGCCAGACUCCCUUCAUUCAAACCGAGUGUUUAAACUACUCUGCCAGACUUUUAUUAGGAUGGGACUGCUGUCUUCAUUUACCUGCAGUGAUGAGUUUAGCUCACUGAGACAACAACACAACACAGCCUUAGCUCAUUUAAUGAGGGCUGCCAAAGAGAGAGUCCAUCAGGAUCCUUGUGAAGAUAAUUCUUACAUGCAGAAAAUCGGAUACAAGGAGAUACUUUUUAAAGCACAAACCUCACGGUACUUAAACGAAUUUGAAGAGCUUGACAUCUUAGGAAAAGGAGGAUAUGGGAGCGUGUACAAGGUCCGGAACAAAUUAGAUGGUCAGCACUAUGCAAUUAAGAAAAUCCUGAUUAAAAGUAAAAGUGAAAUAGACUAUAUGAAGGUGCUCAGAGAAGUAAAGGUUCUGGCAGGUCUCCAACAUCCCAACAUUGUCGGCUAUCACACUGCAUGGAUGGAACAUAUUUAUGUCAUUCAGCCACAAGACAUAGUUUCCAUUCAACUGCCCUCUCUUGAAGUGCUGUCAGAGGAUGAAGGGGACAGAGAUCAAGGUGCUGUUAAAGAUAAUGAGAGCAGCUCCUCCAUUAUCUUUGCUGACCUCAGCUCAGAAAAAGAAAAAGCUCUUGGCGAACCUGACAUUGAAAAUGAAAAUAACAACCUGGUGAACUACACAACCGAUUUAGUGAUCAGGAACAACAGUGAGUUUGAGUCACCCAUUGAGCUCCAAGAAAAUGGUGUGACCGAUUUGUCUAUCAGACCAGUUGACAAGCAUCAGCUGCUGCUGGGGCACAACUCAGACUUGGAAGGGAAUUUUACAUCCACGGAUGAGUCUUCUGAAGACAAUUUGAACCUGCUGGAGCAGACAGAGGUUCCGUUCCACCUGAUGUUGCACAUCCAGAUGCAGCUGUGUGAGCUCUCCCUGUGGGACUGGAUAGCUGAGAGGAACAAACGGAGCUGGGAGCAUAUGGAUGAAGCUGCCUGUCCCUACCUUAUGGCCAGUGUUGCAACAAAAAUUUUUCAAGAAUUGGUGGAGGGUGUCUGUUAUAUACAUAAAAAUGGCAUUGUCCACAGAGAUCUGAAGCCUAGAAAUAUUUUCCUUCAUGGCCCUGAUCAGCAAGUAAAAAUAGGAGACUUUGGUCUGGCCUGUGCAGAUAUCAUACAAAAGAGCUCAGACUGGACCAGCAGAAAUGGGAAUGGAACACAGACACAUACAUCCAGAGUGGGGACUUGUCUCUAUGCAUCGCCUGAACAGUUGGAAGGAUCCAAGUAUGAUGCCAAGUCAGAUAUGUAUAGCUUGGGUGUGAUCCUGCUGGAGCUCUUUCAACCAUUUGGGACAGAAAUGGAGCGAAAAACAGUCUUAACAGGCAUAAGGACUGGUCAGAUACCUGAAUCCCUCAAUGAAAGGUAUCCGGUACAAGCCAAGUAUGUCCGGCUCCUAACUGGAAGGAAUGCGUCACAGAGGCCAUCUGCUCGUGAGCUGCAGCGGAGUGAACUUUUCUGGACUUUACCAGAAAAUGUUAACCUCAAAUUGCAGAUGAAGAUAAGAGAACAAGAGAAGGAAAUUGGAGAACUAAAAAAACAACUAAGCCUCCUUUCUGGGGAAAAGGGGCUGAAGAAAUGAGGGGAAAAUGGGGCCUACCAGUACAGCCUGAAUUAUUGCUGUCCACCAUGGGAAAAUGGACUUACAUUUUUUAAACCGUCAAUAGUAAAUUUUCAACCCUUAGCUGGGGACAGAUGGCAUCAUUCUCAUUUGUACUUAGUAAAUCUGUGCAAAGAUGUAAAAGGACCCCAGUGUCCUUUUCCUCAAGGAACCCUUUUAUGACCUAAGACUGCCCUCUCUAAGUUUCCAUUCCUGAAUUUCCUACUUAAAUGUUACUGCCCACCGCCAAAACUUAAGCUAGCAUUCUGUUACUUUCUUUAAGCUCUGCCUAUUGACUAUCCUGUCUUCUAGAAGGUUCUACUACAGAAAUCAGUGCUCCCUCUCCCUCACACUGCUUGUCCCCAGGCUGUAUGCCAGUUGGGUUACUGUGAUAGCUACCACUCUUCCCUAGUCUUUCAUACUGCUGUUGAGGCCAGUUAAAACAGACACUUGAUCACUCCUUGACUUAAAACUUGUACAUGGUAUACAAUACCUGGGAAAUCAGAGUUUGGCUUCUUAGCACAGGGCACUACCCUAGGCUUGCUUCUACCAAGCUUUGAACUCCUUGCCCUCAAGUAAUCUUAGCAGCUUACAUGUCAUGUUUUCUGAUGUAAUAGUGUCCUGUGAUCCAUUUCCUUUUUAAAACCCUCAACUCCCCAAACCACCUGUGUGUUCUUCAAGCAGCAGUCUCUGAUGCCAUAAAGUGCUUGCCCCUGGCUGGUAAUCAUUUCAGUGCAGUGCACUUGAUUUUACUGACUUAAAAUAAAAUCCACAGAUUAUUUGUUUA